AUGUCUGUGAUUCGCUUUCGCUCGAAAACAUUAACAUAUCUUCUGCCACUUGUGGUCAUCAUUAGUCUGUUUAUAUUUCUCUAUUCAAAGUAUCAUGACUAUGAAUUCCAAAAAUGGCUUCCUACAUACCCGUACUCUAUCUCGGGAAAUCCUUUAAUGAAGGAGGUUGGCGAGCCUCAAGGAAAGUUAACUCGUGCUCCUAAAGACGGGAACUUUGAUAAAUACCCUCGUGCAAAUGCAACUUUACUUUCUUUAGUUCGUAACGAAGAACUUGCCCAACUUAUUCCUUCCAUCCGCCAGGUUGAAGCUACAUUUAACAACAAGUUUAACUAUCCAUGGACGUUUAUCAACGACGUACCUUUUACCGAUGAAUUCAUAUCUGAAACCCGAAAACUUACAGCAGCCAAGAUUAACUACGAAGUUAUUCCUAAAGAUCACUGGGAAGAGCCAGCAUGGUUUGACGAGUCCCUUUUUAAUGCAUCUGCUCAAUAUCUCGAUGAUCAUGAGGUCCAGUUUGCUGAUAUGCUUUCUUACCAUCGCAUGUGCCGUUGGAAUUCUGGCAUGUUUUAUAAGCACCCUCGCCUUCUUAAAUACCGUUGGUAUUGGCGAGUUGAGCCCAAGACUAACUAUUUUUGUGACGUGGAUUACGAUGUCUUCCGCUUCAUGGAGGACAACAAUAAAACGUAUGGGUUCGUAAUCAACAUUUAUGACUCCCCUGAAUCCAUCAAAAACCUCUGGCCAGCCACCCUCGAGUUUAUCUCAGCUCAUCCAGAGUAUGUUCAUCCUAACUCUGCCGUGAACUGGCUCAUUGAUUCGGAUAAUAGACCACAGCAUAACCUCAACGCGAAUGGUUAUUCAACAUGUCAUUUCUGGUCAAACUUUGAGAUUGGUGACAUGGAGUUUUGGCGCUCUCACGUUUACGAGGAGUACUUUGACUAUCUUGACCGGAAAGGUGGAUUUUAUUACGAGCGUUGGGGCGACGCUCCUGUUCACUCUGUUGCGCUCGGUCUUUUUGAAGAUAGCAACAAAAUUCACUGGUUCAAAGAUAUUGGAUACCAACAUAUUCCAUACUUUAAUUGUCCAAAUUCUCCAAAAUGUCAUGGCUGUAUGAAAGGAUUACAUUCUGAUGGCACAGGUUUGUCACCAGAAAAUUGUAUGCAUAACUGGUUAAAGUAUACUCAUCCAGAAGAAUUAUAA